UUCGUUCGCAUACGGUUUCUCUACAAAACCCAAUCGCCAAAAUCUCUUAUUCUUUUGUUCUUUAUUUCGCAAAUAUCAAAUCCCGAAGGAAGUUCGAAACUGAAAGCGCGAAAACUAGGGUUUUGGCUUUUAAUUAUUCUCUGAGCGGUAAUGGCGUUUUCUGAUGAUGAAGAAGAAGAGGCAUUACUCCAUUCGGUGUCGAACUACUAUUUUCAUGAUGAAAAAGACGAGGCGGUUUGCUUUUCUGAGUUGCCACUUCAAUUGGGGGGAAAGGAAAGUUUAAUUAAUGGGGGUGAAAAGAAAAUAUUUUUGAGAGGAGCAGCAGAUGAUGGGCUCUUAACAAUUUGCAAGCAUGUCACGGCUUGGAAAUUCGAUCUUUGUAACAUUGGGAAGCCAGAGAUUUUUGUUUUAAGUAAAGAAAAUGGGUGGCUUAAGCUACAAAAGCCGAGGAAGAGCUACGAACCUGAGAUUAGGAGUGUUUUGAUAUCGGUUCAUUGCUUGCAUCUUCUUAGUAAGAAUCCAGAUUUGUCAGGGAAAUCGUUGUGGGAACAGUUAGCUAAAACUUUUAGCUUGUAUGAUGUGAAGCCUUCGCAGAAUGAUUUGGUGGAUCACAUGGAGUUGAUUUCUGAGGCUGUUAAAAGUGAUGAUUCCUUAGCAAAAUCCAAGUUUUUGUGCACAUUUUUGGAGGAGAAGCCCAGAAAGAGGAAACUUGCUGAUGAGAAUGUUCGAGCCACAUCAAUUUCUGGAUUUAUAGUGGAUGAUGUAGAUGAUGCAGUUGAUUGCCCUGAGCUAGAUGAUUCUGCUGAUGAUGAUGAUGAAGAUGAACUGUUUGAUUCAGUUUGUGCUUUUUGUGACAAUGGGGGUGAUCUUCUAUGUUGUGAAGGAAGAUGCAUGAGAACAUUUCAUGCAACUGUAGAGGCUGGUGAAGAAUCUGUCUGCGAAUCUCUUGGCUUUACUAAGAAGCAAGUUGAAGCAAUGCAGACUUUCUUAUGCAAGAAUUGUGAAUAUAAUCAGCAUCAGUGCUUUUCUUGUGGGAAGUUAGGCUCUUCUGAUAAGUCUUCUGGUGCAGAGGUCUUUCGCUGCAGUAAUGCAACUUGUGGCCGCUUUUAUCACCCACAUUGUGUGGCAAAAUUGCUCUAUAAGGGGGAUAAAGUUGCUGAGGAAGAGCAUGGGCGUAAAAUUUCUGCAGGGGAAUUUUUUACAUGCCCCAUUCAUAAAUGUUGUGUUUGUCAACAAGGAGAAAACAAGAAGGUUCCAGAGCUGCAGUUUGCUUUGUGUAGACGUUGCCCCACAUCAUACCACAGGAAAUGCUUACCAAGAGAGAUUGCAUUUGAUGAUAAAGAUGAAGGAGGAAUUGUAACAAGGGCUUGGGAUGGUCUACUUGUCAAUCGUGUACUUAUAUAUUGCUUAAAACAUAAGAUCAAUGAUGACAUUGGGACUCCAGAAAGGGACCAUAUAAAAUUCCCCUUUGUUGAAGACAAGAAGAGUGCUUUUGAUGGAAGGAAGAAAAGAAAGGCGUCAGAUUUGCUCAGAAGUCAUGAAAAAGUUGGUUUGAAGAAGAAAAGUCUUGCAUUAAAAGACACUUCACAAGAAAGAACUGCCAUGAAAGCUGUGAAGCAGUUGUCUUCUGUUGUUAAAGAUGGUCUAACUAGCAAAAAGAGUGAAAAAGUUACUCCUGGUACAAAUUCUCUAAAGAAAGACAAAGCCAUUGGUGCAUUCAAAAAGCCUUUGAGGCAGAAUUUGAAGUCUGUGCCAAUGGAGGUGAGCGAAUCCUUUGCAGCUGAUGGAACCAAGACCUCCCUGGGGGAGAGACUAUUCGACUUUAUGACUCACGAGAGUGAGCAGGUUAGGCCUGGGAGACAGGAUACGCUUAAAGGUGGUUGUAGUAAGACUGUAAUGGUCAAGUCUACUGCAAAAAAAUUAAGCUCUGGAAUGGCUUCAUUAGAUGCUGAUUCUGAGAGAAGAUUACUGACUUUAAUGAAAGAGGCUGAAUCAUCGGUAACUUUGGAAGAUGUCAUAGCAAAGCAAAAAGUGCCAUCUACGCAUGCAUAUUCAUCAAAAAGUGUUGUAGACAGGACAAUUACUCUUGGAAAGAUAGAGGGUUCAGUUGAGGCUGUUCGAAUGGCUUUAGCAAAACUAGAGGAUGGCUGUAGCAUAGAAGAUGCUCAAGCUGUUUGUGAGCCAGGAGUUUUGAACCAAAUAUUUAAGUGGCAGAACAAACUCAAAGUAUAUCUGUCACCUUUUCUAUAUGGCAUGCGCUACACGUCUUUUGGUCGCCAUUUUACUAAAGUGGAUAAACUUAAAGAGAUUGUUGAUAGACUUCAUUGGUAUGUGCAAGAUGGUGAUACAAUUGUCGACUUUUGUUGUGGUGCUAAUGAUUUUAGUUUACUAAUGAAAAAAAAGCUUGAAGAGACGGGGAAGAAGUGCUCAUACAAAAACUAUGAUAUUUUCCAAGCAAAGAAUGAUAUGAAUUUUGAGAGGAGGGAUUGGAUGACAGUGCGUCCGAAGGAGUUGCCAACAGGGUCACAAUUGAUAAUGGGGCUAAAUCCUCCUUUUGGAGUUAAAGCUGCUUUGGCAAACAAGUUUAUUGAUAAGGCCCUUGAGUUCAACCCAAAACUUUUGAUCCUUAUUGUUCCACCGGAAACAGAAAGGUUGGAUAAAAAGAAGUUUGUGAAAUAUCCAUAUGAACUAGUUUGGGAGGAUACUCAAUUUUUAUCUGGAAAGUCAUUUUACCUGCCUGGCUCUAUUGAUGCAAAAGACAAACAAAUGGAUCAGUGGAAUGUGAUGGCUCCACCUCUCUAUCUUUGGAGUCGUUCUGAUUUUUCAGCUAAGCACAAGAGCAUAGCUGAAAACCAUGGUCACCUACCUAGGGAACCGGAGAGUUUAAAUCAGGAAAUUAAUAUCGAUGAAACACACAAAUCUGAACUGCCAUUGGAGGAUGACGGUCAUUGUAACGAUGCUUCUGAGUUGAAAGAUGAUAUGCAAAACCAUAAAGUUGAGGAAUGCAAACAAGAGACAUCUGUGACAGUGACUCCAAAAGAGUGCUCUCCUCACCAGCAGUGUGAGACAAAAGGCAGAGACAAUCAUGGCCACGUGAAGAACCAAUCGAAGGAAACCUUGAGUAAGAAGAAGAAGAAGCACGGCGAGGAAAAUCAUGGAAGGCGAGCAGAUGGACAGAGUGGAGGGAGGACUCCUAUAAAUGAGAUGUACAGUGGAAUUCCUCGCUCUUCUCCUCCCAAUGUCAUGAGUGGUAGAUCCUCGAUGGAAGGUGCCUCCUCCAAAUCUCCUAUGUUGGCAACAGUUACUGGGUUUGGUGAGAAUGUUAACCAGCAUCCAAAUCCUACCAGGCGUGGUUCACGCCAUGGAACUUCAUAUGGUGACACCAGGACCGGCAUUGCUGAUGAUAUGGGAAGAAGAUACGGUAUAAACGACCCUUACCCAGUUGGAGCUCACAACCUUGAUUAUGGACCUUACACCAAUGAAGUAGGGAGAGAAUCUAAUAUACGGUCACAAGUUCGCCGCUAUGGGCAAGAUCCUGAUGCUACUCAAAGAAGUUACCUGGCCGGGUUGAAUCCUGCGUACGGUCCAGUAAGAUCCCUGUCAAAUCCCACUUAUAGACAACACCUUGGUGCCACAGUUGAUCCAUCCUACAGGAUGAAUACAUCUGCAAUGCAGCGAUACGCACCUCGUCUAGAUGAAUUGAACUACACAAGGAUGGGUACUUCAGGGCCUGAGCCACCCAUGAUAAAUAGAAAUGCCUUUUAUGAUCCCGGACCACCUCCCAUUCCCAUUCCUGAUCCUCGAGCACCCCGACCUCCACCGUACUCAAUGGCGUUCGCCCCUGGUCCAUACCACCCCUAUUCCUAUCAGAAUUCAGCUGGUUGGCUCAAUGAAUAGGUAGUUACUCAUUAUCCAUUGACUCUUACCAUAUCAAUUUUCACAAAAACUUGCUUGUUCAAACCCUUAUGUAAAGGAAAAGCUUAAAAAAAUCAAGUGAAAGCAGUGUCUGUGACAAAUGAAAUAAGAGUGUUUUGCGUCCACCUCCUAGGAAACCAUAUCUGUAUCGUGUGGGGUUUAUUAUUUAAAAUCUGCAUUAAUUACCCAAACUUUGGUUAUGAUGUACGAUUGAAAGGGACGUCCAUAGCCGUCCUAAAUCUGCCCAAUUUAAAUGAACUAGACAUCUUUUUUUA